AUGGCCAAUCCUUUGAGUCGUUCAGACGCUUUACCAGUCAUCGUGAUUUCAAUGUUAGCUGCUGCUAAAAUCGGCACAAUGAUCAAACUGAGAGUUACCCAAGAAGACACUGCCAAAGUCAUAACCGAGUCUCCUGGUCAACCUGGUGUCCUGGACGCUGUUUAUUUGAUCACAUUGCAAGCAGUUUCAGGCAAGGUCUCAAAGGACGGGUCAAGCUGCUUUUGUGUUGAGCAUCAAAGACAUCCUCCACAUCUUUUGGUGUUUGUUGGUUGCAUAACAAGCACCGCCACUAUGAUAGUUACAAUUGCAACUGCUCUGCUCUUCAUAGAGAUCAAGGAUGCUGCAUUUCUGAAAACCUUGUCAGAGGUUAUGCUAUCCCUUUGGCUCAAAUGGGAACUCCGUGCAAUGGUUGUGCUCAGCCUAACCGUUCAGCUUAUAUUGAUAAGAUAUGGGAAUCGACGGAAAUUCAGCGGGAAAGAUUUAAAGUUUUUCUCAUUCCUUGUUUGGACGAUGUACUUGUUUGCAGACUGGUUGGCAACAGUUGCCCUCAGCACUCUCCUCAGAAGCAGAAGGGAGCAAAUAACCAGUCCACUAGUUAUAUUUUGGACCCCAUUCCUACUCUUACAUCUUGGUGGCCCAGAUACAAUCACUGCUUACUCCUUGUCGGACAAUGAGCUGUGGCCUAGACAUUUCUUCGGGCUGUGCUUCCAGAUUGGAGUGGCUCUCUAUGUCUAUGUUAAGUUUUGGACACUAACAGUCACCGAGCUCACCUUUUUGGCCAUUCCAAUAUUCAUUGUUGGAAUUAUCAAGUAUGGCGAGAGGGUUUGGGCUCUGUUCAAAGCUAGUAGCAUGCGGUUUAGGAAGUCUGUGUUCUCGGAUACCAGAAGUUUCCAGCUUGAAGUUGACCUUCAACAGGGGCCUUCAAAUGGGAAAAUGACGCUGGAGGAAUAUUUACAGCACAGACAAAUUAAGGACGAAUACAGGUAUCUUCAUCGAGCUUUUCAUUUAUUUCAGGUGUUCAGGCCCCUAUUUUCGGACCUCAAGCUCAGAAUUUACAGCGAUUUAAGUUACAUAUUUGAAAUGCCCAAAGUGACAGCAGAAGAGGCCUUCAAAAUUGUAGAGAUUGAACUUGGUUUCCUGUAUGAUAUGCUCUAUACAAAGAUUCCUAUAGUUAUAACUCGACAGGGUGUAAUUCUCCGCUGCAUUUGCUUGUCAUUCACCGUUUCCACACUGAUUGCCUUCUUGAUCGUCGUUGGUAAGCAUGGCUACUCGAAAGUUGACAUUGGCAUAUCCUACUUGUUAAUGGUUGGAGCUAUCUUUCUUGAAAUUUAUUCAGCCAUUCUACAUCUUAGCUCUGACCGCGGAAUUCUCUGGUUGACUAGUCAAAAUAACAGAUAUCUUAAGGCUAUUGGUUCUAAGUUGGUUCUUUUGACUAAAUCCAACAAGGGAAUUCGAUCCAUGGCACAACACAGCCUACUAGAUUAUUGUCUCAAGCCUAGGAAACUGAAGCUGGCUGCAGCGUUAAACAUAUUUGACACUGAGGACAAUUUGGAGAAGUAUUUCCGUACCAGUUGGAUGGAUGUGAAUCCUGAUUUGCAAGAAAUCAUCUACUCUCAUCUCAUAGAAAAACAAAGGAAAUAUAAAGAAGAAAAUUUUGACUUCGAAGUUCUCACAAAGUUAUUGGAUGAGAGAGGCUACAGUGCGCUUAAAGGAAAAACAGAUGACAUUAUUUGGAGUGUAUCUGAUGCAGAAUUUACCCACGGUGUCCUCUUGUGGCAUAUUGCUACAGAUCUUGUUUACCAUGAUGAUCAUCAUAGUUUUCGAGCAGGUAGCCUUGGUCCACAGUGCCAAAUCAGUAAGCUCUUAUCCGGUUACAUGAUGUAUCUCCUCUUUCUCUGUCCAGAAAUGCUUCCUGAAGGUAUUGGUAACAUAAGGCACUAUGAUACCUGCAUUGAAGCAAAGAAAUUUUUCCUUGAAAAGUUAAGAUUCAGGGAAGCUAUAAGGGGGUUGUUUGGAAUUGACAUCGAAUCUCGAUCAUUCUUUGUCCAGAUGGGAAGUCGGAGGAAGUCGGCAUUCUUUGAAGGAUGUCAGAUUGCCUACCAAUUGCAAUCUUUAGUAUCAAACUUUCAAUGGGAUCACCAAGAAAAAUGGGAUUUGAUAGCUCAAGUGUGGCUGGAGAUGCUGACUUAUGCCGCGAGUCAAUGUUCGUGGAAGGAGCAUGCGAGACAACUUCAGCACGGCGAGGAGUUGCUAACCCACGUCGCCCUUCUCAUGGCACACCUUGGUUUGAGUAAGAAAAUCAAUCUGGUGCAAUUACCCCCAAGGCUUAAGGAUGUUGAAUUUAAGCCUAGCUGGGAUUGGAAUAGACUUGACAGGUUGGCUUAUUACUUGGCUUAG